AUGGCUCAUAGCCUCAUUGAGUUCAAAAUGAAAUGGCUGCUGGUUUGCUUUAUUCUCGCGCUUCGUUCAUAUGAAUCGCUUGGCCAGGACUUGCUUGAUCCGAAUUGUGUGCAAACACCAGUUGGAGUCCGCGAACAAAUUUUAGGAGGUCAUAAUGCUGAUAUAAAGUUGCAUCCAUGGAUGGUACAGAUACUCCAACGUGGCUAUCACUUCUGUGGUGGCUCACUGAUAAGCUCACUAUUUGUUUUGACAGCAGCGCAUUGCCACAGCCGAUAUCGUUUGAAAGUGCGUUUUGGUCGAUAUAGUGGCAUCACGCCCAGAUACCUCUGUUCAAGUCAAUAUUGCUCUCCAUUUGGUCCAGAAAUCGACGUGAAGCGAAUAUUUUUGCACUCAUCCUACAGGGAUUAUCAUAAUUAUGAUAUUGCCCUUUUUCUGCUGGCCAAGCCCGUAAGAUAUAAUGUUCAAACAAGACCGAUCUGUGUGCUGCAGACUUCGAACAAGGACAAACUUCGGCAAUUUCUGAACUAUGUUGCCAUGUUUAAUGUGACCGGCUGGGGCAAAACGGAAUCUCAACUGACGAGCACAAUACUCCAGACAACUAGUUUGUUCCAUCUGGAUCGCAAAUUCUGUGCCCAAAUCUUCGACCGGAAAAUAGGCUGGCCACACAUCUGUGCUGGCCAUUCGCAAUCCUCUACGUGCACCGGAGAUUCGGGUGGACCGUUGAGCGCAGAGCUGACAUUUUCGGGAGUGAAACGCACCGUUUUAUUCGGAAUAAUCAGCUAUGGGGCUCCAAAUUGUCGUGAAGUUACCGUAUUCACGAAUGUUUUACGUUACUCAAACUGGAUUCGAGAUAUAGUGCACAAUUUCACUCCCAGUUAG